AUGGGUGACGUUUUGCGAAAUUUGUCCGUCAUCCUCGCGACGUACAACGAGAAGGAUAACAUCCCGUAUAUGGUAUUCCUCCUGAUCGACGUGCUUCGCAGACAGAACAUUGCGUACGAGAUUUUGCUGGUAGACGACAACAGCCCGGACGGCACGGCCGAUGUGUACCGGGAGCUGCAGGCGCUCUAUCCUUCCGUGUCGCUGAAGCUGCUUUCGCGCCCCGGAAAGCUUGGCUUGGGUUCAGCGUACAUGGAGGGCCUGCGCCACACCAAAUACGACUUCGUGCUGAUCCUCGACGCCGAUAUGUCCCACCACCCGAAGUACAUCGUCGACAUGAUUCGCCUCCAACGCACCGGCAACUACGACAUUGUGAGCGGCACUCGUUACGCGCGUGGCGGAGGCGCCAGCGGGUGGUGCUUUCGCCGCGUCUUCAUCAGCAAGACGGCGAACUUCCUGGCGCAGUUCAUGCUGAAGCCCAAGAUGACUGACUUGACCGGCUCCUUCCGCCUCUAUCGCAGAUCCCUCUUUGAGUCCGUAUUGAAGGACGUCAAAGGCCGAGGUUACAUUUUCCAAAUGGAGAUCGCCAUUCGCGCCGAGAAGCAAUACAAGGCCCGCGUGGCGGAGGUGCCCAUCAUCUUCGUCGAACGUCUGUAUGGCGUAUCGAAGCUAGGCGUUAUGGAGAUUUUCGGCUACCUGACAGGCCUGUUCAAGCUCUUCUGGUCGUUGUGA